AUGAAUAUAUUUUGUUUUUUAAUAUAUUUUUGUUUAAUAUUUUAUCAAACUUUAUUCAUAAUUAAUGUGACUUCAGUAACAGUUGCAUCAGUAACAACUCAAACAACUAAAAAUAUUGCUUCAACGUCACCUGGAAAUGUUCAUUCAACUUCAUUAAAAUCUGGUAGUACUAGUACUGCUAAAACUGCUACUACUAGUACUUUAAAUUCUAAAACUGUUACUACUAGUACUUUGACUUCUAAUACUGUUACUACUAGUACUGUUAAAUCUAAUACUGUUACUUCUGGUACUACUACAAGCAUUCCUGUUCCAACUACUACUACAACACCUAAAUCAGGUUGUCUUAAUGGUGGUUUAAAUAUAAAUAAUUCUAAAUGCCUUUGUCAAGGUUUAUUUGAAGGUACCAAAUGUGAAAUAUUAAAAUGUGUAUCAGGAGGAUAUAUAGAUGUAAUAACAAAUAGAUGUAAAUGUCCAAAAGGUUACAUAGGUCUUCAUUGUGAAGGAUUUAUAAGACAUCCUAAACCAGAAAAUAUUUUUGAAUCAACUCAAUCAUCUUUAAAUAUUUAUAUUUUUAAAGAUAGUACUGCAUACUAUGGAAAAUUGGGAUUGAAUACAUUUAAAGAAGUAUUGAUUAAUCAUGCAACAAAUAAUGAAAAUAAUUAUCAAUAUUUUUUAGUUUCCUCUGACUAUUCAGGAAAUAAUUAUUCAACUUCAAAAUUUUCUCAUUUAAAUAAUUUUGUUAAUUAUGUUAAUACUACAAUAUUACCAGAAAGACCAACUUCAUAUGCAUGUUAUACAGUUAAUAUGUAUAAAAAUAUCAUUGAAAUGAUUAAAAAUAAUCAAAUAGAAAAUUCACCUUUUGUUAUAUAUACACAACAUCCACCAAGUGAUUAUGAAAUUUAUAAAGAUGAGUUAGAAGAACUUGCAAUAGCAUUUAAAAUAAGAUUUACAAUACUUUUUCAAAAUGAUCUAUUAUUAGAUGGUUGUGAUGAAACAGAUAAUACAAUCCAAUCAUCUUUUUCUGCUUUAAGAGAUCUUGCCUUCUUAUCUGGUGGUAUAUUUUAUCAAUUAGACUCUGAUAAUCCUCAAUUAGGAAUUCAACAUUCUUUUGAUAUGUUAUAUAAUCCACAAAUGGUAUCAUAUGCUAUGAAUGAUGAUUGUUCUACAGGUAUAACAUUAAAUUACCAAUCUGAUUUAUUUGUAUCAAUUGGUCAUCUUAUAAUUCAAUCUGAUACUCCAAUAGAUAUGACAAAACAAAUUAAUCCAUCCUUUAAUAUUAUAUCAUAUUCAUAUGACAAUAAAACUAUUACUUUGUCCUCAAAACAGAUGCCAGAAACAAAACCAGGAAGUGAUACAUUAAAUAUUCAAAAUAUUCCAGGAAAAUGUUCUAUUCAAUUAUUAACACAAUAUGCUUCUCCAAUGUUACAGAAUGGUAUAGAUAUUUAUUAUAGUUAUAUUCCAAGUAAUAUUAUUAAUAAAAAUGGAAAAGAUUCUGGAUAUAUUGUUAUGAAAGAAAAUACAAAAAAUAUUGUUCAUUUUAAUGUACAAAAACAAAAAAAUUUAGAACAAUUUGUCUUUUCACCUAAUAAUGAUAAUUUAAAUGUUACAAAAGGAAGUUUUGUUAAACAAAAUAUAAAUGUUAAUUUCUUUAAUAUUUUAAAUGAAGGAAAAAGUAUUUUUGGAUAUACUUUAGGUGAUAAUGAUAAUACUUUUACAUGUCAAACAAAUGAAAGAUCAUGGUUUUUGUUUGUAGUUGAUAUAACAUUUCCAGGAUCAGUUUUAUUCUUUCAAAGAUAUAUUCCUGUUAAAUGUUAUUCACCAUUACCAACAACAACAACAACACCUGCCACAGAAACUACAACUGAAUAUUCCUCUACUCAACCUUUACCAACAUCAUCAAUUUCUUAUGGAACAUUUACAGAACAAACAACUAUAUUACCAACAACACCAAUUCCACCAAAAAGAACUGUUACAUUUGGUCUUGUUGCAUCAUGUGGAGUUGAUUAUACUAUUGCUAUGCCAUAUCUUAAUGGUAUUGCAUCAUUGGCACAGACAAAUUUAAGUAAUACAUUUUAUAAUAGUGGAUAUUUAUUUUUUUCUGAUAGUACUGAUCAAACUCCAAAACCAACAUACUAUGAUUCAUUUCCUAUAUUUAUAGAUAAUGUUAGAACAUUUAAAGGACAUUGUUCACCAGUAACAGUAACAUCUCAUGUAAGUAUAAUAAAUGCAGCAAUCCAAAUGGUAAAAGAUGUUAAUUUUCAAAAAAAUUCACCUUUAGUAUUAUUUCCAACAAGUGGUUCAAUUUUAACAUCUAAUAGUAAAAAUCUUAUAAGACCAUUAAUUGAGUAUGCUGUAGCAAAAAGAAUUUCAAUAUAUGUUUUUUCACAAUAUGAUGCAUCACAAUUUAAAUCUAUUGAUAUGUUUAGUCAACUUGUUAAAGCAACAAAUGGUCAUAUGUUUAUGUUAAAUCAUGAUCUUGUUCUACCAGAUAGUUCAUAUUUUGCUCAAAAUACUAUUGCUGAUUUUUUUACUAAUAUAUAUCCAAAUACUCUUAUACAAUCAAGAAGUAUAACAAAUGACUAUAGUGUUAAUGAUUAUGGAAUGAUAACAAUUACAGAAGAAAAAGAUAUUAUUGUUAGUAUUUCAUCAGAUUCUUUAUCAGCUACACCAACUAAUGGUUUUAUGUUAACUGUAAGAAUGAUUGAUGAUGGAGGAAAUACUAUUACUCAAUCAUUAACAGCAUUUAAUAAUUCAAAUGUUAAUGGACAAUAUUCUAAUUAUGAAUAUGUUAUUUUUAAAAAUUUACAACCAAAUACAUAUAGAAUUAGUUUACAAGCAUUCAUUUUUCCAAUAAAUCAAAUUUCAGUACGUGUCUGGGAGGUAAUUGAUAUAUACAAUAGUUAUAAUUUUAUAGAUAUAUCAUAUUUAUCUAUUUCAAAUAAUACUUUAUCAACUGAAAUUAUUAAUGGUCCUGAUAGUAAUAAUGGAAUAAUUUUAAAUGCCGAUAUUUUUAUAGAAAAUAAUUUGUCAGAUAUUUCUGUUAUAACAUUUAAAUUAAAUCAAUUAAUGGAAGGUCCAUCAACAAAUGAUAUUUUAAUACCACCUAUAAAUAAUAUGAAUGGUGCUAUCAUAAAAAAAUUAACAUCAACCAAAAUACAAGCUAUUUUUAAUCCAAUAAUUGAUUUAAGAUCAACUAACUUAGAAAAUUUUACUAAUACAAAUUAUGAUUGGCCUAUUUAUAAAAUAGAUGUAGUUAUUUUUUUCAAAAACAAUAAACAACAAACAUAUACAUUUAAUACAUUUGUACAAGGUGAUUACAAAGAUUUUGUACCAAAUAUAGAUUAUCAAGCAUUUAAACAAGGAAAAAAUUAUCAAUUUUAUUAUUGUGAAAAUAAUGGAUACUUAGAAUAUGAUUUUGUUUCUAAUGGAUAUAACUGUAUAUGUCCAUCAAAUUAUUAUUCUGGAAAUUCAUGUGAAAAAAUUAAUACAUGUCCAGAACCAACAAAUUAUCCCGGUAAAAAUGAUGAUACAUAUAGAAUUCUUAGUAUUGUUUUGGCUACCACAAAUUUAAAUGACAGUUUUUAUUAUAGUACAAUGGAAUUAUUUAAUCAACUUUCUAUUGAAGAUGUUAAAAAUAUUUGGCAAUUCCGUUUAUAUUAUUAUAUUAACAAAAAUCUUAUUUCAUAUUAUAUUGGUAGUGAUUUAAUGGCUUUCCAAAAUUCAUUUAAAUUAAUUACUCAACAAAAUCCUUCACCAGGAUAUGUUUGUAUUAGUGAUGUAAAAAAUAUUUUAUAUUAUUAUCUUCCAUCUGGAGUGAAAGGAUUAGUAUGGUUAGUUACUGAUGAAGGAAUUAUCUCAUCUACAUCUUCAUCUACAACUACAUCUUUACCUACAACUACAUCUUUACCUACAACCACAUCUUCAUCUACAACUACAUCUUCAUCUACAACUACAUCUUUACCUACAAUUACAUCUAAACCUACAGUUUCAUCAACAACAAUAGUAACUUCAACACCAAUUCCACCAAUAGAUAUUAAUUGUCCUGAUGAUAUAACAAAUGGCUACAAUCAUGAUCUUUUUUAUAUUUAUCAUGGAAAUAAUGAAAAUGAUUAUAUUGUAAAUAAUGGAAAAUAUAUCUUUAAUGGAGGUGGUCCAUUAAAAUUUGAUAAUUCUAAUGAUUAUAAAGAUGUAUCAUUAUAUUUACUUAAAAAAUUAUUUAGUGGAGAUAUUUCAAUAAAUAAUCAUCUAGAAAAAUUAAGUACAAAUUUUGAAAUUAAUGUAGAGGAAUCAAGAAAUGCUUUUGUUUUAGUUUUAGGUCAAUAUGAUUCAACACUUACUAAUCCAACAACAUCAAUUAUAACAUCAAAAUAUGUUUCACUUUAUACAGUUAAAAAUCAAGAUAAAUUAACAUCAACUUCUUCAAAUUCAUUAUCAUUUAUUACUACUUAUAUUGUUGAUGGAUAUAAUGUUGAUGUAGCAUAUUUAAGAAAUAAUUUAAUAGAUGAACCAAGUAAUAUUCCAGUAAUUGGAAAUAUUACUUUUGCAUUAUAUCCACCACCAUCAAUACAAGAUAUCAAUUUUAUUCAAGAUUCUUCAAAUGCUUAUAAAAUUGAAAGAAAUGGUUGUUCAUAUAAGUAUAGUUUUACACAACAAACAUCAUCUAAUGUACAAAAUAAAUUAGAGUUUAAAUUUAAAAAUAAUAAUAAUGAGGAGUAUAAAAAAGUAUACCCAAAUAAUCAGGUAUAUAGUUUAAUUGACACAUUAAAGAAUCAGUCAUCUUUAUCAACAACAUGUAGAAAUGGAAAAUAUGUUUUAAAUAAUUAUACUUCAUCAAAAAAUUCAUAUUAUUGUUUAUGUGAUUCAAAUUUUAGAGGUACAGAUUGUAGUAUACCAAUAUGUCAAAAUAAUGGAAAAUUAAAUGGAAUGCAAAAUGCCUGUGAUUGUUUAGAACUACUUAAACGACAUGAAAGAUCACUAUUAUUUUCCAAGAUAUCAAAAGAUAAUAAUUUACCAGAUAAACAAUUGAGAGAUUCAUGUUUAUGUUGUAUGCAAAAAAUAGUUUCAAUGUUAAUCAAUAUUAAUAGAAGUGAAUUUAUUUGUCAAAGAGAAAAUACUAUAAAACUAAUUGAUGAAGUUGAUGAGAAUAUGACACAAUUAUGCCAGUAUGAUAUUAAUAAUUCUGAAUCAUAUAAUAAAAAAUUGGAAACCAAUUCAUUAUAUGGAUUAUUAAAACUUUUAUCAAAAUAUGAAUUUGAAUUUUUAAGUUUUUUAUAUUUUGAAAUUCAAGGAUUACUAAUUGUAAAACGAAAAGAAAUAAAUUUUUUGAAACGUUUAUUACAUAUAUUAAAAAUUUUUUAUAAUAUUGGUGGAAUAGUAGCAUUGUAUGAUGAGGAAUUAUCUUCAUUAGAAACAAUUUAUAUCAAAUUUAAUAAACUUCAAAUUAAUAAAAAUAAAAUUAAAAAUGAAGAAAAAGAAGAAGAAGAAAAAAAUGAAUCAAUUGAUAUUGACAAACAUAAAGAAAUCAUGAAUAAUAUGAUUAGAUCAUUGAUAAAAGAAAUUCAGGUUGCAAAUGACAACGAAAUCAUUGGAAAUGAAGAAGAUGUUAUAGAUGAUGCUGAUCGUGAAGGAAUCAUCGAGAAAGUCAUUGAAUUUAAUGAAAUAAAUGAUAAUGAUGGAAAUGGUUAUGGAGGAGUGGGAGAUUUAUUUGAUAAUUAUGAUCAUAAUAUUUCAAUAACUAUUGGUGUUGUAAUACUAAUAAGUAUAAGUUGCUACUUUAGUAAUAUCUUUGGACUAUGUAUUUUAUUCUUACUUAUUAUUGCACUUUUUGGAUUUCCUUUUUUUAUCAGUUAUUAUUUGAAAAAGAAUAUUAAGAAAUUAUUUGAUUUAAUAAAAAAGAUUAAAAUAUUAGUAAAAAAUGAUUAUCUUAAAUUACUUAAACGAAGAGAAAUUCUUUUAUUUGCUUUCAAAAAUUCAGAAUUAAAUAAUUUACCUCAUAAGAAGUUAAGAAGUUCUUGUUUAAUUUCUUUAAGAAAAUUGGUAUGGAAACUAAUUUCAAGAAAUAGAGGUGAUUUUAAGUAUCAGGAAAAGAAUAGAAUAAUGAUGAUUGAUUUAAUUAAUGAAAAUAUGUUAGAAUUAUGUGGUAAAGAGGAUAAUAUUUAUGAAAUAAAUAAUGAAAAUCUUGAUACAAUGUCAUUGUCAACCUUACUACAAUUUUUAUUUCUUUGUGAAAGUGAAUUUUUAAGUUUUAUGUUUUUUGAAAUUUAUGAAAUACUUAAUAUAAAAGAGAGAAAUAGUACUGUUUGGAAGUGUUGGUGGGAUAUAUGGAAAAUUGGUUUAAUUGUUAAUGAUAUUGUAUGUACAUAUGAAAAAGAACAUAAAUUUCUAACUCAUUCAUAUAAUGAAACAAUCAAAUUUGAUUUUAAUAAAAAUGAAAAUAAAAAGAAAGUUCCAAUUAUUAACGUUGAAAUGAGAAGUAAUAAAACAAUAGUUGAUGAUCUUAUUGGAUUAUUAUUUGAAGAAGUAAGUCAAUUAAAUGAAGAUAAAAUUAUUGGUAACAAAACAUUAUUAGAAAUGGCAAGAAACCUUUAUAAUUUUUUAGAUAAUACUAAUGAAAAAAAAGUAGAAAAUAAAAAAAAGAGGAUAGAGGCAAAAACAGAAAUAGAAACAAAUAUACAGACAGUUAAUGAACCUCCAAUUAUUAUUGAAAAUAAAGUAGAACCAACUUAUGAAGUAUAUGAAAAUGAUCCAACUAUAGAAACUGAAAAUUAUUUUACAUUUAAUGAUACACCUGAUGUUGAUGAAGACAUUAUAAAACAACAUAAAAUGUUACUUAAUGAACUUGAAAGGCCUCUUCAAAAACAAAGAGAAAUGCAUGAAGAAAUUGAACUUAAUAUACUUGCUAAAAAACGUGGUAUAACAGUUGAAGAAUUAAAAGAAAUUUUAAAAAAUGAAAAGAAGGAAGAAGAAAAAAGUAAACCAUCUAUAUCUAAAGAAGUAAAUAAUCCAAUAAAUUUACCUAAUAAUGAACUUAAUGCAUCAUUAAUGGAAGAAUUAAAGAAACAAUAUUUUUUUAACAAAACUUUUGUUAAUGAUGAAAUUAUUUUUGAAGAUAAUGAUAGUGAUUAG